AUGAAACACAGAAUGAAUUCUCAAUCUGCACACUAUAUAAAGAAGCUGCAUGUUUGGACAGGAACAUAGUUCAAAUCUGCUUAGCUACAAACAACAAGCUCAAAACAACCAUUCGAAAAUGAAAUUUUUCAUCGUUGCUCUCGCCCUGAUCGCCGUGGCUGCUGCCCAAGACGACAAGUACACCACCAAAUACGACAGCAUCGACAUUGAUGAGAUCCUGAAGUCAGACCGUUUGUUCAAGAACUACUUCAACUGCCUGAUGGACACUGGUGCUUGCACUCCGGAAGGUAACGAACUGAAGCGUGUCCUGCCUGAUGCUCUGGAAAACAACUGCUCCAAGUGUAGCGAGAAGCAGCAAACGUCCAGCACCAAGAUCAUCAAGUUUUUGACCGAGAACAAGCCAGAGGAAUGGACCAUGCUGAAGGCCAAAUACGACCCCGAUAACAAGUACGUCCAGAAAUACGUUGCUGAAGCCGACAAGGAUGGAAUCAAGCUGUGAAAUGGAUGAAUUACUGAAAUAUAGCAUUACAAAAUAUUAACAAAAUGCAAAA